ACAACUGCUUCUUCACAGCACGUGAUCAAUUACGGUGUUUCUUACAAAAAUCGCGGCAAGAAUAUGGAAAGCAUCACUUUUGUGACAAAACGCAACUUAACCUUGUUCGCAUUCUCGAUACGAAUGUUAUUCAUGGGCGUUGAAUAUGCGGUAAUAUUUCCCUCCGUUUGGUUGUAUCUGAAAAUAUUCCACGUCGACAAUUGGUAUCUUUACUUGGUGUUAUGUGCAUAUAUCGUAGGAAUUGUAUCCACUAUUCUGGUUGGCAAGCUAGCUGACGCUACGAGAAGGGUUCGUCUGACCGGAUUCAUUUGGAAUUUGGCUGAAAUUGCGGGGAAUUUUGUGUACGCGAUGCACUUUCAUGUUACAUUACCUUUGUUCGGUCGAAUGAUUGCGGGUUUUGGAGAGGGGUACAUCUCCGCUAUGUGGGGAGAGUUGGCCCGUGUCACGACGAAGGAACAACGAACACGUUACUUUGCCAUCCUCAAAGGCAGCAAUCUCGUUGGAGCGGCCAUUGGACCUGCAUUGAACUUAUUUUUGAAGGAUUUCAAUUUCUACAUCGGUAGUUGGCAUAUUGAUUUUCGAACGUCGCCUGGUUUCUUUAUGGGCGUGGUCUGGGUUAUUGUAACUCUAAUCAUGUUGGUGUUUGUCCGUGAUCUGUCAUCGGAG